UGUUUUCUGACUUUUACCUCAGAUUUUCAGCCAAACCUCCUUGUAUGAGGAGGAAGAAGUGCCUGAAUGAGUGAGUUUCGCGUAGCCAUGUGGAAAACGGUACCAGGACCGACGAAGGAAAUGGAAACUGGGGCUCUGCAGAGCCACUUAACGUUAGUUAAAGCCAUUAAGAGGAAAUGAACUUUCAGCUUUGCUUCUUUCUUUUACGGUAUGCGUGGUGAAUGAUUGACCAUUCAGCUCUGAGGAGGAGAGUCCAUGGAUGGAUACGCUUUUUCCGCCUUGUGCCCUGUUUAGACCCCGGGUUUGUGUGAAAGUCUCUCGGUCUGGAAUGAAACUCUGCUCUGAUUUACGACGCUGUGGACUGUGGACAUGCUGCUGGAGCAGUUACGGCUUCCUUUGGGGAUUUCUACUUUCCGACGAGUGGCUGUAAAUUCAAAGAACUGAGAAAAUACUCAGGCUUCAACGUUUGACAUUCCAACAUAUAUAUAUAUAUUGUUUGGUGACUGAGAUCAGUUGGUCCUCCAUGGCUAGCCUGAGGAAGCCUCCUACCUCUGGUCUGGGCUUUGGGCUUCUUGCUCUCCUGCUGUCCCACCUGCCCCGGCUCACCUUGGCCGCCUCCAAGGACAUAGUGUGCGAGCCCAUCACCGUGCCCAUGUGCAAAGGGAUCGGCUACAACCUCACCUACAUGCCCAACCAGUUCAACCACGACACCCAGGAGGAGGUGGGCCUGGAGGUGCACCAGUUUUGGCCCCUGGUCCGCAUCCGCUGCUCUCCGGACCUGCUCUUCUUCCUCUGCAGCAUGUACACCCCCAUCUGCCUGCCGGACUACAAGAAGCCGCUGCCGCCGUGCCGCUCCGUCUGCGAGAGGGCCAAGAGGGGCUGCUCUCCUCUCAUGAUCCAGUACGGCUUCGAGUGGCCCGAGCGCAUGAGCUGCGAGCAGCUUCCCGUGCUGGGGGACCCGGACCGGCUUUGCAUGGACCAGAACAGCAGCGAGACCACCACUCUAUCUCCGUCCUUCCCCAAACCCACUCCCAAGGGGUCGUCCAGGCACCGGGCCACGUCCAAAUCGGCCGCGCCUCAGAAGUGCGACCGCGAGUGCCGCUGCCGUGAGCCGUUGGUUCCCAUCAAGAAAGAAUCCCAUCCGCUUUACAACCGGGUGCAAACGGGCUCCCUGCCCAACUGCGCCCUUCCCUGCCACCAGCCCUACUUCUCCCAGGACGAGCGCGCCUUCACAGCUUUCUGGAUCGGAUUGUGGUCCGUGCUGUGCUUUGUGUCCACCCUCACCACCGUGGCCACUUUCCUGAUUGACAUGGAGCGCUUCAAGUACCCCGAGCGGCCCAUCAUCUUCCUGUCCACUUGCUACCUCUUCGUGUCGCUGGGGUACAUAAUACGGCUGCUGGCGGGCCACGAGCGGGUGGCCUGUGGAGGUUUGGGGGACCAGCGGCACAUCCUGUACGACACCACGGGUCCGGCGCUCUGCACCCUCGUCUUCCUGCUUAUCUACUUCUUCGGAAUGGCCAGCUCCAUCUGGUGGGUUGUCCUUUCUUUCACCUGGUUCCUGGCUGCCGGCAUGAAGUGGGGCAACGAGGCAAUUGCUGGCUACUCGCAGUAUUUCCACCUGGCUGCCUGGCUUGUCCCUAGCGUCAAGUCCAUCGCUGUUUUGGCCCUCAGCUCUGUAGACGGAGACCCUGUUGCUGGGAUUUGCUACGUGGGCAACCAAAGCCUGGAGAGCCUGCGGGGUUUUGUGUUGGCCCCACUGGUCGUCUACCUCUUCUCCGGCUCCCUCUUCUUGUUGGCCGGGUUUGUGUCGCUUUUCCGCAUCCGCAGUGUCAUCAAGCAGGGCGGCACCAAGACAGACAAGCUGGAGAAGCUGAUGAUCCGCAUCGGCCUCUUCACCGUGCUUUACACGGUUCCUGCCACCAUCGUGGUGGCGUGCCUGGUGUAUGAGCAGCACUAUCGGCCGGAAUGGGAGCGGGCGCUGGGAUGCUCCUGCGCCUCCGAGCGCCAGCAGCUGGGCCUGGGGCCUGACUAUGCCGUCUUCAUGCUCAAGUACUUCAUGUGCCUGGUGGUGGGCAUCACCUCUGGCGUCUGGAUCUGGUCAGGGAAGACGCUGGAGUCGUGGCGGAGGUUUGUGGCGCGAUGCUUUCCCUGCAGGGCCAGGAAGCCGCCCGCCUCCGCUUCCUCCAUGUACAGCGAGGCUAGCACAGCGCUAACCGCCCGUGCUGGAUCCGCACCACCGGGGUCCUACCAUAAACCGGCUCCACCGUCACACGUCUGAGUGGUCAGCCGUGCUAUGAACUUUCUGAGUGAAUAGACCCUGACCACUGUUCAUUGGGCAAGAACUUCAGUUCAAUCCACCUGCACCAUUCAGGAGUUAGAUGGAUAAAGACUACCGGCUUUUUCAAGUAGCGAAGUUUUUCUGUUCUACAGGUGGAUAAAAUAUGGACGUGGAUAUCAUGCAUGUAAAUGAAAGAGGGAAAGAUAAAACAAGGAAUUUUCUUCUGGGGGAGAAACCAUAACUGCUGGCUCAAUGGUUGAAGCAUCAGUGGCAAAAAAAAAA